UAUGACAUUAAUUUGUGACUUAAUUAUUUUUCCACACCAUACGCAUUAGACCCAGAAUUUAUACGCUACAAUUGUUGGCGUUUAAAACAAAAUCCUAAAAAGUCACAAUUAAUACCAUGGAGCAGACGGAGCGGGUUGUUAUAGAUGCAUUUACAAAGUGGUUGGAAGUAAAAGAGAUGAAAAGUAUAACGACGGACAACACCAUUUCUGAAUUGCGAGAGAUUUUUGGUAGAUGGGGGUUACCUUUAACGUUAGUUUCGGAUAAUGAAGCUCAAUUGACUUCAAAUGAAUUCGCUACGUUUUUAAAAAGUAAUGGCUUAGUACAUUUGCGCACAGCUCCGGGACACCCUGCUACAAAUGGUGUGGAAGAAAAUGCAGUUAAAACAACUAAACGUGUGGUGACGUAAACAACGCACCGC